AUGAACUCUGGUUUUAAUUAUGAUUCUAUUGUGACUUGUGGAAAUAAACCUAAUGUGGUAGAUUUUGAGGUGCAUUCAGCAAUACUUGGUGCUCGCUCUUCUUACUUUCGUUUAGCAUCCUCAUUGAAUUAUCCUUUAAGGAAGAGUGGAAUGUUUUUGUUCGAUUUGAAAGACAUUGAACCUAAUAUUUUUGAAUUGUUGUUGAAAUAUUUUUACACCUCAAAUAUAGAAUUAAAUUCAAUAUCUCAUGAAGAAUUAUUUAAACUUUUAAUCGCCUGUGAUGAAUUAAUUUUACCUUCAAUUAUUGAUAACAUUCAAAUUUGUCUAAUUAAUAAUCAUUCCGAACAUUUUGAAUCUGACCCUUUCUCUUAUCUUAUUAAACUCUAUACUUGUAAAAGAUGUUCCACCUUAAAAACUUGGCUAAUUCAACAACUUUUACAAAAUCCUAAAUCAUUAAUUUUCAAUUCUCCAAAUUUCAAUUCCGCCAGUAAAGAGUUAUUAGUAGAAUUAUUUCAAAGAAGAUAUGAAGAUGUAGAUGAAAUUGAAAUUUGGUGGAAACUUUUGGAAUGGAGUGUUCACCAGGCUAAUUUUUCUGUCUAUUAUUCUCCCUCUCCUUUUGAUUAUGAUAUAUUAGAAUUGAAUUUAGAUGAAUUUGAAAGUUGGGAUGAAAAAGAUUGUGAACGAGUAAAACAAAUUCUCUCUGAAAUCAUCAUACUUAUUAGAUGGAAAGAAAUCUCAUUUGAAAAUUUUAUUGUUCAUAUUUCACCUCAUCAAAAACUUUUUCCUCCAUCUUUAUAUGAGAAUAUUCUUUCUUAUUAUAAAAUUGAAACUAAAUUCCAACCUUUCGAAUCAUCAUCGAAUGUUGAAAAUGUUGAGAAUGAUAAUAAUAAUGAGAUAUUAAAGAAUGAAUUUGGUAUUAUCUUAAAAGAUGGAACUAUCAUUUAUAACAAGAAAAAUAACAUUUUCGACACCAAUUUAUCUGAUAUUGAGCCUACUACUUCUUCUAAACUUCAAAGACAUAUAUGGAUGGAUACCAAAGAUGCAUUUUUAUUCUCAUUUCAACAUUUAUUACCAAACACAGGUGUCCUCUCACGUGUAGUAAAAUCUUCUAGUCAUAAAGCAAUAUGUUAUGAUCCAUUAAGUGGACCCGGAUUCGGAGCGGGAUUAGAUAUAGUUGUGUCGAAUAGAUAUAAGAUGAUAAGUACUUGGGGACAUUAUUCAUAUCCUGAAGCACAAUAUUUCUUAGCUGAACAACAUUCUGAAAUUGAAGACUAUGAAGUUUUCCAAGUGGAAAGAGACGAAAAUAUUCCGAUUGAUGAUAAUGAUGAAGAGGAAAAGGUAUCUUACGAAGAAAAGGAUGAAACAAAGGAUGAAGCAAAGGAAGAAACAAAAGAAACAGAGAAAGAAACAAAAGAAACAGAGAAAGAAAUAAAAAAAGAAACAAAGAAAGAACGAAGGAUACCAACUCUGAUCAACAGAGGAUUUGGAUUAUUCUUUGCAACAUGUUGCAAUGUUGAAAUAUGUUUGUAG